AUGAGUUUGCAAUUCUCCAUCUUAAAGGUGAGUAUGAAGUACACAAUAUACUACAUCGUUAAGUUCAAGGCAAAUGCAUUUGGGUGGCACUCAGCUCCCAUCAAGUUCAAGGUGAAAAUGAAUGGGGAAGAGGAGAGAGUGGAAAGUAUUGUACUGCAACCGUACCGGGAGAAGCAAGAGGAGUGGCAUAAGAUCCGCGGUGGAGAAUUUUGGGUUUCAAAGGAUAUCACCACUACUGGCAAUAACCAUGGCCACGUUGAGUUCGGGAUGUUUGAAAUUGACACCGAUUGGUGGAAGGGUGGCAUGGUCCUUGCAGGCAUUGUGAUCGAGCCAAAAGUUGGUUGA